AUGGAUUCUGCCCUCGAAGCACCUCCUCGCAAAGACCGCGAUACUACUGAGACCAACGAAGAUAUGAGAUCUCAGAGUACCAUUGAUCGCCUCACCGUCGAAGUCGAUUGUUCUUCCCUGGGCUCCAACGAAUGCCCCUCAAUGAGUAACAGCUUCUCGCCUUUGGAUUCUCCCACCCCCACCCCCACCAGUAUCUACAGUCAAGGCGCAUUGGCUUCUCCGGGUUGGCAAGAGAGCGGAUCGUACCCUGGACAUACCUACGACCGCAAUCCCGGCCCCGCACCUAUGCGAAGCGCAUUUAGGCUCCCCGGCAUGCCGUCGAACGAGUCGAUGGGAAUGUCUUAUGGGAGCAUGGAGACGCAGGAACGGAUGCCGAUGCCGGACUUCCUCUCUGGAUACGAUGAGAAUGUUGAGCAGUUCUGGAUCCCGUCCGAUGCGCCGAAACCUUACGAGCCGGGGACUCAUGGUCUGCCAUACCCGCCGGUCAUGCACCAAUACCCUCCCAUGGCUCGGAGCGGCUACCGUCAUCAGAACCCGCCUUACCUGCCUGAAUCUACCACCAACCCGUGUCUAUCACGGUCGAUCUUCCAUCAACCCGAGCGGGUGCCGACUUCGAUGUCGAUGAACAACAUGAUUCCGUGGAUGGCCCCGCCGACCGAAUCCAUCCCGCAGACCAUCGCUCCUUCCCAAGUCGGUCCAGUAACACCACCUCCCUCAUACUCUGACUAUUCGACAUCGAUUAACACCUUGAAGUCACACACUCCGACGACGCCAAUUCGGUCAGGGUCUCUCGGAACGAUCUCGGGCACAGAUACCCCCAUGAGCCGACUUUCCGGUCAUGGUGAUUACCUUGAUGAAUUCCAGCAGUCGCCGGUAUAUCACGAUGGACUUCAACGUCCGCACCGUACUCUGUCCAGGAAGGUUGCCCGCAAGCAGUCGUCGAAGCAAAGCCUUUCGCUCGAGAACCUCCCCUCCAUCAUUAAGCAGGUCCAGUUCAAAUGCAAAGAGCCUGGUUGCAAGGGACGCUUCAAGCGACAAGAGCACCUGAAGCGACACAUGAAGAGCCAUUCCAAGGAGAAGCCGCAUGUCUGCUGGGUCCCCGGCUGCCAUCGGGCCUUCUCCCGCAGUGAUAACCUCAAUGCUCAUUACACCAAGACCCACAGCAAGCGGGGAGGUCGCAACCGAUACGUUGCCACUUUGGAUGAGACCAGUCCCGAUUACGAUCCGGAUUUCCGCGGCCAGCUUACACCCGACGGUCGACCAAUUUACGGGUCUAAAUUGGAAGAACCCAUGAUCGAUGCUCGCGAGUUGAGCGUGGAUGCGUGGGACGAUUGAAGAAUUACGAAUCGAUAAUCUGGGUGGAUAGGGAUAUGAUACCCUUGGGCACGACGGUGCGCCAAAUUUUCCUUCUACUAUAUUUAGAUGGGCACAGACGUUCAGGUCCGGACAGGCCUCGGUCGGCGCUUCGCGGCGUUCUUUGUAAAACAAUUUUUUUCUUUCCUUUUCUU